AAAGGUAUUGCUGUCAGGAGAAAUGUUAUGUUUUUACCUCAAAUUAAUCACAUUAAUUAUUUUCAUACAGAAAGUUGGGCUGCAAUUCAAAGCCACUUUAGAAAAUGUCACAAAUGUGCGACCUGAGGACGACUUCCGGUGGUUUUUAAAGCUGAAGUGUGGAAAUUGUCGGGUCCAAGACAAGUGGCAGUAUGUGAACCUCAUGGAAAGUGUACCACUCAAAGGAGGACGAGGAAGUGCAAGUAUGGUUCAGAAGUGCAAGAUGUGUUCGCGAGAUAACUCAAUUGAUAUCCUGAAAGACAAUACACCAUAUAAUGCAGAGGACAGUGAACGAUUUAAAACCAUGGUGCAGUUUGAAUGUCGAGGAAUGGAGCCAGUGGACUUCCAGCCACAGGCUGGCUUUGCUGCAGAGGGAGAAGAGUCGGGGACGCCAUUUCCUGAGGUCAACCUCCUGGAGAAAGAUUGGACAGACUAUGAUGAGAAGGUCAAAGAAUCAGUUGGCAUCUAUGAAGUCACUCACCAGUUUGUGAAGUGUUGAUUGCAGAGACCACAUUUGAUGUUGGGGUCUUUGAGUCAAUGCUGUUUUGACAUGGAGCAGGGAGCAACAGCAAGAAGAGGGACAAUCUGCAAGAAUCAUGAGUUGUGCUGAUGCAAUGUGUUUGAAUCUACAAUAAAGUUGGAGAAAAUA